CCACGGCCCCACCUGUGCGCGUCGCUUUGCCUGGCCCCUGCCCUCCCUGCAUCCUCUCCCGACCACAAAUGCAGCCAUUAUGGUAAUGGAGGGAGCAAACCGUCGUCUUCUCCUUUAAAGGUCUUGCUCCUUCCGUGCAGGUGAAGGCCCGCUUGCUCACCGCGCGCCUCGCCGUCUCCCGUUCCACAUCAGCGGCAACCGGCAGCGUGGAUCAUCCCCUACAGCCCGCCCAACUGCUGCUUGAUUUAGUCACAGGAAGUUCCAUGCUCUGAGCUCUGAUCAAUUCCCUGGACAAAGCAUUUUUUUUGGCCCCAUCCGAAUUUACAGAUAAAACUCAAUCAAAUCUGCCUACGAUUUUGCAGAUUAGAUUGAAUCAUGUCCUCAUCCACGGGAACCAGUCAAAACUCAAAAGGAAUUUAUCGGGCUGAGUUCUUUAGGCAUGGGGUUUUUUGUGAUAUGUUGUCAUGAGAAAAUUAGUUUGGAAGUGUGCAUGGUUGUGGGAUGCCCAAAGACAGUACUUGAAAUUGGAGUAGUGUUGGCGUUCUCCCCGACUUUGAUCCAUGUAUAAUGCAAGGCUUCGGAGGUGCUACUGUGUGCAAUCUGAACAUCUUUGAUCAUUACUUAGUAUUAUGACAAUAUCACCAUUGGUUCCUAUUUUGCAUCUUAGCAACAUAAGGCACCAUUGCACUCAGCAAGUUGUACUAAUUCUCCCUACCAUUUUAUGGUAUUCUAAACUAAAGUCUUAAACAUUGAUGUGCCAAUGUUAUAUAACUAUGAGCAGGGGCGGAGCCGGGCCUGGUGCUACCGGUGCCGUAGCACCGGCCUGGCAAGGAUGCUCACAAGAGGAUUCAUCAAGUAUUUAGUUCAUUAGUAUGUAAAAUUCACAAGUAUAGCAUCAUUAGUGCUAUCUUAGCACCAUCCUUGUCCGGUUUUUCGGCUCCGCCACUGACUAUGAGUAUUUGUUAAGCAUUGCACUGACAUUUGGCAAUAAACCUAUAUCUCCAGCUAUUUCAAGAGGCAGGCUGCCUUAUGCAUUUUUAGCUAAUAUGCACUACAUAUCCUCGCAUGUUUGUAUGAUUACAAACCCUUGAAAGAGUUGAAUUUUGGUUUUCAUAGUGGCCUUAAACAGAGAAAUUCCAUUGGACUGCAACUCUGCCUUUUUCACACGCCGGUGUACAAUUUCACAAAAUUGUGUCCUUAGAAAGUGCACCAUUGUGACAAUAGUUGCUUCCAGAUUCAUGGGAUUUCAAUUUAAUUUUCGAAUCAAUAACAUAUUUUACUAAAAACAAGGUUUGGACUGUUUUUCAAUUCAGUUUGAUUAGGUAUGGAAGAUUUAAAAAUUCUCAUUUGGUAUAUGCUUUAAAAGUCCCGCCGCAACGCGCGGGGUUUCAUCUAGUUUUGAAUGAAGCUGCCACAUAACAACUUAUUAUUAACAGAGUGGUAGCUUCAUAUAUUAUUAGAUGAUAACAUUUAGGAUUGAUUUGUUUUUGUCAAAACAUAUCAAUAUGAAGACAUAGUUUGAAAUCUCGUCGAGACAAAGCUAACCGUUUAGACGGAUUUUAAAUCGAGUAAACGGUUUGAAAGUUUCAGCUUUUCAAAGUUCAAAUCUUCAUACCAUGCUGCUGCUGCAUGUGACUCGUACGCGCGGCCGUGCCAUCGUGCGAAGGGUCGCAUGUUAGGCAGCGUCCAUUUUAAAAAGGUUAAUGUUUUUUUAUUUUGGCCCUGAAAACCCCCGUUGGUCAAUGCUGCUGUAAAAGCCCAACAACCAAACAAAGCUGGCCACUCUGCAACACAUUGGACUGAAAGCCGACCGUUAAACAACGAGCCCGCUUCAGAAGUCCAACACAACGUUUGGCCCGGCCCAGCCUUCCCUCAAAAGAAGAAAAGACGGAACGCCGCUUCCUCGUCGGCGGCGGCUGCUGUGCUCCCCUAGUCCCCUUCCUGAUCUCCCACUUCCCACUAGGCCACUUUCCGUCUCCUCCGUCCCGCGGCCUCCCGCCGGGCAGUCCGGCAGUCCGGCAGACCCGAAAAGAAAGCAAAACAAAAAAUAUGGAAAACCAAACUUGUUCCGCAAGACUGGCUCACACCAAAUCCCAUCGCCGCUCGAGCCACUGCUCUUGGCUGAUCCGUUCGCCUCCCGCUUCGCAAGCCACAGCCCAGAGGCCCCACGCCCAGCUCCUCCCACUCUGAUUUCGAAGCCAGCGAGCCAUGUCGAUUCGGCCAGUGUGGAUGCCAGAGCCACCCGGUGGGGGCACGGGGGCGCCGGAGAUCUUCGCGGGCGGCGCCGGCACGGUGCGCCGCGCCAUCGUCAUCGGGAACGGCUGUGCCGGCGCCGAGAACCAGUGCCUCGGCCUCGUCCGCGCCCUCGGCCUCGCCGACCGCCUCACGCUCUACCGUAUUACCAGGCCAAUAGGAGGAAUCAACAAGUGGCUGCACUUUCUCCCGAUCUCCUUGCACAAGAUAGUGGACCAAAUACUGAGACAUAUAUUUUCUAAUACGACAUUUGCACCAUUGUUUCAAGGAAAAAUGCUUGCACCUUAUCCUGUCCAUAAUGUUCAAUCAUUUGGAUUGUCUUCUGUACUGGAAGCAGAUACCAAAAAGAUAGUGACAGUGGUGCAUGAUACUUUUGAGAAGGAAGGCCUGGCAAUAGUUGUUGCUUGUGGCCGAGAUACCAUAUCAUAUGCAAGUUCAGUAAGAUUUUUAGCUCCGGAUAAUGUUUUUGUCAUUCAGAUACAACACCCCAGGUAUCGCCUUGAUAGGUUUGAUUUGGUGGUGACUCCUCGUCAUGAUUACUAUGCGUUAACUGCAAAGGGGCAACAGGAAAUUCCACGCCUUUUCCGCACAUGGAUUACUCCACGAGAACCACCUGGGCCAAAUGUGGUUCUGACUGCUGGUGCACUUCACCAAGCAGAUUCUGCUACACUACGCAUUGCUGCUACAAACUGGCAUGAUGAACUUGCUCCCCUGACAAAGCCAUUGGUAGUAGUAAACAUUGGAGGACCAACAAGAAACUGUAAUUAUGGUGUCGACCUUGCUAAGCAGCUAGUAAGCUCACUACACAAAGUUUUAAAGACCUGUGGAAGUGUCAGAAUUUCAUUUUCCAGGAGAACACCACAAAAGGUGUCUGAUCUUAUAUUGAAAGAGUUCAGCACACAUCCUAAGUUUUACAUUUGGGAUGGUGAAUAACCUAACCCGCACCUAGGGCACCUCGCAUGGGCUGAUGCUUUCAUCAUAACAGCAGACUCAAUAAGUAUGAUAAGUGAGGCGUGCAGCACUGGGAAGCCAGUUUAUGUUAUUGGAACUGAGCACUGCAGGUGGAAAUUCUCAGAUUUUCACAGCACUCUUCAUAAACGAGGGGCUGUUCGUCCUUUCACUGGAUUGGAAGAUAUGUCAGACAGCUGGAGCUACCCUCCCCUGAACGAUGCCAUUGAUGUGGCCGCACGGGUUCGUGAAGUGCUCGCAGAACGUGGAUGGAGACUGUCGUAAAUUCGUAAUAGCAACCGUAGUAGAGAAAGGAGAGUGCGAAUUUGUUUCAGUUCCGUUUCGAGCCUGCACAUCAUUUAACUUAGUUGCACUGUUGCACGUGCAUUCUUUAUUUUUACAAAGGCUCACCAAAGACCAAAGGGUGGCAAUUCCAAAUAUGAGAGAGAGAAGGGAUGCGGCGUUGCUGUACGGUUUGCUAACUAUCAACCAUAUGGAUGCAUCAUUUUAAGUAUGGGUUACUAUUUAA